AUGGCUUCAAGGAUGGACCGUGCACUGCUGCUGCUGUCCCUGUGGGCUCUGACUGGAACGGUGUCCCUGCAGGCUUCAGGGUCAUGUCCGGAGAGACUUGUGGGAGAGGAGAGGAGGAGGACAUGUCCUCGGCCCUGCAAAGCUGACAAAGACUGUGGCAACAAACGUCAGUGUCUGUGCGACGGCCAGUGUGGUCUCAGCUGUGUGGCUCCAGGUCGAACUUGUCCCUGGCCUCUACCCCCCAGUGAAAACUCAGUGGCUCGCCUCCUCUCUCCCACUCACUCCUUUUCUGCCCUGUUUGAAGUGCGCUGCAAGCCGGGAUUCGCGUUGCCCAAUGGCUUGGAUGUCACUAUCCGCCGUUGUCAAGGUGACCGACAGUGGAGUGGGGAUGAGCCGAACUGCACAGAGGCUGAGUCACCCAAACCUCCCGCAGUCCAAACCUGCCCUCUGCCCGAGGAAGUCACCAACACCUUCAGCAUCCAGGGUGAUGCUACAGUAGGAACUUCCAUCCGCUACAGCUGCCUGUCUGGGGCGGAUAUAGUGGGGAGCAGUGAAAAUUUCUGCCAGGAUAAUCAGACCUGGCAGUAUCCUCACCCCAUCUGCAAAACGGUGUACUGCCAACCUCCCCGAGAGGUGGAGCAUGGCUACGUGGUGGCUGUCCAGAAGAUUGAAUAUGAAACCGGCUUUGACAUCCACUACCUCUGUAAAAAGAACUUCCUGCUGGAUGGACCUCAGAAGGUCACCUGUCUGUCGAAUGGCAGCUGGAGUGCAACGCCUCCAUACUGCAGAGCUCGCUGUCUCAUCCCUGCUGAGCGAAGCCGUGUGAUGAUCAAUGGAGUGAAGCGCUGGCCGUUUGACGUUACAGAUGCCAUGGUUCCUCAUGGAGAAAAUGUGGCGUUCUACUGCAAACAUCCUCACAAGCAGUGCAGCUUCACCGCACCCCAGACCUGCUUUGAUGGGAAGCUGCAGCCACCAGCCUGCUACAUGGAGCCCACGUGGUUGCAGUAUAAACUGUUCCCUCACCGGCUGGUCUCAGAGAUUGAAGCAUGCAAGCCCGGUGAUGACCUGGAAGUCUGACCUCUCCCCAUCCGACAACCGUUAAACCGUGUCACACCUCCAGCACUCAUCACCCGCAUCAGAUCUUCUCCACGCUGCUGCAGCUUUACUUCAACUAUCUAUGCUAUGAUUAUAGUCUGUAAGACACUGAAAUAUUCUUCACCCUGCACUCAUGGCCUUUGUCGCUCUCUUCUGCAUCCUAUCAAACUGCAAUUAUAAUCUGCAAAGCCAGCUGCUAUCCCUUUAUGAUGAUGUAUAUAUAUAUACACACAUACAAAUCCAUUAAUACAUGUUAUGCCAGUGAUGAUACCUCCAUGUAACCUAACUCUUGACUCUGUGAUACCUCACUGUGUGAUCUUCCCCCUCUGUUGAGUCGUGACGCAUCAAGUCCAGAGGCUUGUAAGUGUUCAUUUGAAAUAAAGUAAUGUCACAACGGUU